ACUACCAGUUGGUAAGAUUUUUAUGUUUUUCUCAAGCGCUGAUUUCAGAACUGGACAGCUCCUUCGUCGCUCUACCUAACUUACCCCGGUUAAAUGAUUGACACAAGAAAUAGCCAUACACGAAUCAAGGGCACUUUAGGAAACCUAUAAGAUAAUGAAGGAGACGGGAUUUAGGAGCACACGAUUCUUUCUGUCCCUAUGGUUUAGUUACUGCUUGUUAUGGACAGAGGAGGGCGGAGUGUGUUUGCCACCAAAGUGUGAGGUACGACUCCGAGCAUCAAAGUAACCGGAUUUUCCCUUUUUUUUCAACCGACUCGCUCACAUUCGAGCAUCGCAGUGCAAAAGGGGCUGUGCAACAUUUCAAUAAUAAAAUCACCACUGUCAAGCGGAUAUAAACGAAAACAAGCCAACUACAGUCGCUUUCUAAGGGAAAUAUGAAUUGAUCUGCUGGAAACCGCCUUUCUUUAGAUUAUAUUGACGAUACAGGCUAGAAACAAGGGUGGAUUCACUUGCCUACAGGUGAACACAUUUUGAUGUGAUUACUGAAAAUUAUUUGGCUGGCUUUGUGCAUGUUCGCACCUAACGGCAGAAGGUUAACCGGGGCUUCAAUAUUAAAGGCUAAACGAUAUGGCUGUUUUGAUGUUUUUCUUACUCGUCCAUGUGGGAUUUGUUGUUGGAUCAAAUUAUGGAUAUAUGGAGUGGUCAGAGCACCAGAGAGACGCUGAAAUCGGAGCAAAGCAACCCAUCUACAGCACUCAUAUUAACAGUCAAGAACCACAGCAUCAUGCGCCUUAUUUGCAGAAACCCGCGACCGAGCGCUCGGUCUUAGCACAGAAAAUUGAGGAGGAUCUACCCAGAGUGGUUACGGCUUUUCUUCAUACAGGAGAUUCGUCAACGUUAAAGCAUGCGAACUGUUCACGGAGAUACGAGCUGAGCAGACUGCUUGACAGAUCAUACAUGACUUCCCAUUAUUCCCUAUACAGUGUGAUGGAUACUGUGGUUCAAGCCGCCAACUUCCUCAAUUUGAUCUUGCAAGCCAACAGGUCCAGGGGGCACGAUCUCCAACAAGACAUAGAGUGGUACCACGGGUUAGUGAGCAGUAUACUGGAAGGAGAUCCAAAAAUUCACCGGGCUGUGCUCACAUUCAACAGUGACUCGUUUUCACCGGGUCCCCACGUCUUCCUGCAAGCCACGAGAGCGGGAAGCGAGAUCGUUCUUCAAGAUCUAUCGUUCGCGGCCCACCAUCACCUGAAGAACAAGACGCCGGAGACAGAAUGGUUCCAUGAGUUCCGGGACCGGAAAAACCCCCACCUGCAUAGAAGAGUGCUGAGCCACGACAUCAAAUCUCUGGAUGCCUCCCUCAGGAGAGGAGAUAGCUAUGUUAUUGAUAAAACUCAGAUUAAGUGGUCGGCGCCUUACCUCGAGUGCGAAAAUGGGAACUUCAUUCCUAUGUGGCUCCUCACGUUAUCUGCUGCGUUCUACGGCCUAAGGCCAAACAUGGCCCCUGAGUUCAGAGGUGUGGUCCGGGUGGACGUCAGUCUGCAGGAUGUGGACAUUGACCAGUGCUCCAAUGAUGGAUGGUUUGCUGGGACCCACAGAUGCAACUUAACCAGUAUGGAGUGCAUACCAAUACGGGGCUAUGGAUUUGUGCUGGACAGAUACAAGUGCCAGUGCAAGAAAGGCUUCUACCAUCCCAGGAGAGUGGCUGUCAAUGGCUUCAAAAGAAAGGAGAAGGAGAGGGCAGUUUCGGGGAGUCCCCAAGGAGAGGGGGCAACAGAGGAGGGCUCCAACAAUUGCCUGCCCUGCAUGGAGGGGUGCGCCUACUGCAGGGAUGACACGCCCUGCCACACUCAGGAGGAUGGCAUCCUGCGUGUGGCCAUCAUCUCCUUCCAGGGACUGUGCAUGCUGGGAGAUUUCAUCGGCAUGGUGCUGGCCUACCACUUUCGCAGGAAUAAGAGUAUCAGAGCAUCUGGACUUGUCCUUCUGGAGGCUAUUCUGUUUGGAGGCCUGCUCCUCUACUUCCCUGUUGUCAUAUUGUACUUUCAGCCCAGUGUGUUCCGCUGCAUCCUGCUGAGAUGGGUUCGACUCCUGGGAUUUGCCACUGUUUACGGGACCGUGACUCUCAAGCUGUACAGGGUUCUGAAGGUGUUCCUGUCUCGCACAGCCCAGAGAAUUCCCUACAUGACCAGCUGGCGCGUUAUGCGUCUGUUGGGCAUCAUUCUCCUCAUCGUCUGUUGGUUUCUUGUGGCCUGGACAUCGGCUGUCUGUCAGAACCUGGACCGAAACCUUUCUCUCAUCGAUGUGGGCUCCACUCCCGAUGGACUGCAGUUUAGCAUGUGUCUGCUGGACCGCUGGGACUACAUGAUGGCAGUUGCGGAGUUUCUGUUCCUACUGUGGGGAGUGUACCUUUGCUACGCUGUGAGGACGGUGCCUUCAGCGUUCCAUGAGCCUCGCUACAUGGCCGUCGCCAUCCACAAUGAGCUUGUCAUCUCUGCAAUAUUCCAUAUCAUAAGGUUCACUUUAGCCUCUGGACUCCACCCUGAUUGGAUGCUUAUGUUAUUCUUUGCUCACACUCACCUGACGGUGACCGUGACUCUGGGGCUGCUGCUUGUCCCAAAGUUCUUAUUCACAGGGACUCAUACUAGGGAUGACAUCGCCACAGAGGCCUAUGAGGAUGAGCUGGACAUGGGCCGAUCUGGAUCCUACCUGAACAGUAGCAUAACUUCGGCUUGGAGUGAACACAGCCUCGACCCUGAGGACAUCCGGACCCCAGAUGAAAUCGGCCCGCUCAGUUCUAUUAAUGGCUGUGGCGUAAGGUCUUGCGACAGCCUUUGGGAAAAACGUACCAAUGAAGAGCUGAAGAAGCUGUAUGCCCAGCUGGAGAUCUACAAGCGCAAAAAGAUGCUGGCUAACAACCCCCACCUGCAGAAGAAGCGGAGCUCCAAGAAGGGCUUAGGUCGCUCCCUCAUGCGGCGAAUUACUGAGAUCCCGGAGACAGUGAGCCGGCAGUGCAGCCGGGAGGACAAGGACCAGGGGGAUCAUGGGAGCAACCGAAACAGCAUCUGUGCCCUGCGGAAGAACCCCUUCGACCCUUCCCAUGCUUCCAAGUCCAAGGACGACUCCUCCAAAAGCAAGGUCUUCUCCCUCAAGAAGUCCCACAGCAGCUACGACCAUGUGCGGGAUCAGAGCGAGGACUCCAACAGCUCAGCCACAGAAAAGAUGGAGGUCUCAACCACUGAGAGUUCGCUACUGGAUGCCCUGAUGGGCAAAAAGCUGGUAAAGAAGUCUGUGGACAAGGUGGAUGUUGAAUCCACUGAGUCCGUCCCCCUUGUGUGCAAGUCUGCCAGCGCGCACAACCUGACUGCUGACAAGAAGCCCAUCCACCCCAGGACUUCCAUGCUGCAGAAGUCCUUGAGUGUCAUUGCCAGCGCCAAGGAGAAAACCCUGGGACUCACAGGCAAAACCCAGAGCAUGGAGGAUAGUGGCAAAAAGAGCCACCACAAAGGCAAGGAGGGCAAAGUUGCCCCAGAAACAGAAGAGAACCAAGACUGCUACCCAAAGUUGAUACCCGCCAGCCAGUCAGUGGAGUACAAACAGACAGCCGGCAAGGCUGGGAUCAUGAAGCAGCAGGUGAGCGGGAGCCAGCCGUCCAUCUGCUCCGAGGCAGCAAAAAACAAAGAGCUCUAUGACCUCUCCGAGGUGUGCCCCUGGGAAAUGGAGGAUGUCCCCAUGCCUUCUGAAAACAGGGUACAGAAACACGUGUCCAUUGCCCCGAGGGAGACCACAACAUUCCAUGGGAAUGGCACCAAGGGGAAGCUGCAGCAAAAGCAGAAGACCAGAUCAGAAGAUCAGAAUGCUUCAAAUGACAAGCGCUCAAACCAGAAGCCGGUGGACAGGUCGGACAUAUGCCCCUGGGAAGCCAAGGGAGAUGAUGGACCGGGCCUGGUGGAGACUGUCAAUCCUCAGGUGGCCCAUCAGGCAGCCAACUCUACUGGGGAGAAGGCCAAAAUACAGUUGGCCGAGGUGUGCCCAUGGGAAGAACCGCUGGCUAAGGUGGUCGAGGCAGUCCAACUGCCAGACAAGGUCAGGGCAAAUAAGUGUGCCUCAUCAGUGGACGCUAAAGUAAAGGAACCCAAGCCAGAUCAGCCUAAAUCCACUGGCAGCCUCCUGCAGCCCUCCACCACCAAGGCGGACGUCUGCCCUUGGGAUUAUGACACUCCACUAACCCCCAGUCCUGAAAAGACUCCCAGUCCCACUCAGGUUUCUAAAAAGGAAUCUCCCCCAAAAAAGAAAGGGGCACUGCCCAUAGCCACAAAAACGUCAGAGAGGGAAACAGAGAAGGAAAAGGCAAAAGACAAGGAUGAGGAGAAAAUAAAGUCAAAGAGCAAGGAGAGAAGUAUAUCCAGCAAACCUGCAGAGAAGCAUAUGACCAAAUCUAAAAUGGCAGAGGUCUGUCCCUGGGAUGUUGCGAGCGGUCAGGAAAUGCCAGUGACAGACAAACGGAAAAGCGCGACAAAUGAACUGGGGCCAGUCAAAAGCAAGCAAGCCGACAUUUGCCCGUGGGAUUACGAGGCCGUGCCAGACAGCAAAGGACUAGACAGAAAUGCUUCCACAGUGAAACAAAAUGCCACAAGUUCCAAAGGGGGGGUUGCCAGCAAUGCUAGAAUGGCUGAUGUUUGCCCGUGGGACUUCGAUGAUCAGACAUCAGGAAAAAAGGCAUGACACUAGAUUGGACAUAUGUUGAAUGUUUAGUUCUCAUUAUACAGUACAUUUUUUUGUAAGCCUUUCAAUUAGGAGGCAUGAAGAGGUUUUUUUUGCACAAGUUGCCUUUUUUCCAAUGUUUUAGUUCUGUGUUGUGUUUUUUAUUUUGGAAAAAAAAAAGCAAAGAACAAAAUGAGAAACUGUCUUAAAAUGAAGCAUUCCAGAUUCCUACUGAGUAUUUGCUGAAUUCUUAUAAGAUUAAAGUUGGUCUUACAAUUAUGCAACUCUAAGUCACUUUAUCUGCAGUGUAGAAUAUUUUCAUGAAUUUGUUACAUUGCAUGUGUACACAGACAUUUUUUCAAUCAGUUAUUUCAUUUCCAUUCAAAAUGCAUUGCUUGUAGUGCAUUUUAGUUUAUUUCACAAGACAAGAUUAUACAAGAGUAUAAUGCCCCUGCUGGAACUUGCUGGACAGGAUAUUAUGUAAAUAUGUGCUUUAAUGCUGGCUUAAUGGAUGAAUGUGUACACAGGUUAAGCAUGAGUCAAGCAAGGGGCUCAGUACACAAAACAUAAGGAUGCCAAAGACAUAAGAUGUAGUGCAAAACAUCUCUCAAACUUCACUACACGCCUCAAAAACACAGACUCAAAGAAGAACAAAACUGAAAAAUUAAAGCAAAACUGGCAAUGGAGCCAAUUAUAGCACUUUAUUACAUGUCUCUGUGGUCUCACCAAGAUUACUGGAGAAAUCUUUUUUCAGAAAAGAUUCCUUUUCAACAUAUUCAGCUGGGCUAAUCAAAAGGUUUCUGACAGGUCGCUGUAUAAAGCUUCAUAACGCGAGAACCUCAUUGAGUGUUCAAUGUGCAAAGCAAGGCUCCUUUGGUUUUGAUUAAUGUUUCCUAACUCUUUCUUCUGUUUGGUGUGAGAGUAUUCUGAAGCCCUUAAGGUAAGCAAUGCUACCGGGCCUUCAGAAGUAAACCAUGUGCCUCAUCUGUCUAAUUGUUGUAGCCUUAGAUAUGUGUUGGCUGAAAGUAGAGCCUCUCCAAGUGCAGAUAGAUCAUUUCUCUUUAACUAAUUAACACAUGAUAAACCAUGGUGGAGACAAACUGAAGCCAUGGCCAGACAGGUUUCAGCAAAUAUUUAAAGCUGGUUCAAACCAUUGUUAGUCCAAGACGUCCCUUUUUGUGAGUAGGGAGAAGAGUUUUGAUUUGAUUGACAGCAGUUGUCUGUGGCCUCUAGAGGUUUCAGUGGUAUUUUUGGGCAAUGAUAGUUAACAACUUGGCAGGUGCAAGCAAGGAUCUCUGAGUGAGGCUCAGUGAUUGAAACCGCAAAAAAGUAAAUAAAAACAGAAAAGUAAAAAAAUAGAUUCAACCGUUUCCUGUUAGAUUUAGUAUUUGUGCAAGUCAUUACCUAGACAAAACAAAUAAAUGACAUCAUAUUUCUUAUAUGAAUACAUAUAGAAUAUUUUAAAGGAUAAUUAUUUUUACAUUAUUUAUUUAUCUACAUAUCUGUGCAGAUCUAAUUUAUUCAAACUGCUUUUCUUGGUCCUGAGUUAAAGCUCAAUGCAUUGGACUAUGAAACAUUCUUUUACAGUUCAGUGGUUUCUUAAAUUAUUAAUUUCUUUUUUUAAGUGCUUUUCCCUGUACCUAUAGCAGAUACAUUUGAAUAUAUAUUUUUUCACCAUAAUUGCAGAACAAUCUUUUAUUAUUCAUUUUGGAACAUUCUGUGUUUUGAGAUUUUUUAUUUAUUUUUUUGCCAAAUGUAUCAUCAAAUACAGAUUUCUUAUGGAGUACCUUGAAGAUUGUAAAUGGAGUGAUCUUUUACUCUUAAAAGGCGGAUAUUUCCAACUGUUCAAUUAUUAAACUAGAUGUAAUGAUGCAGGUUGUUUCUUUUGUAAGUUUAGGAAAGACAUCAACACAUACUUCUGAAGGCUUCCAAAGGAUAUAGAUAUAAUGAAGCAGAAAGUAUUGAGAUUACUGUCACUGUUUUAGAAUAAACCAAUUGCAAUUUGUGUCAUUUGAGUCAGAGAGAGAAUUUUUUUUUGUAGAUUUUCACUCCUGAGUUUAUUUUUAUAGAGAAGAAAUAUUAAACACAAAUCAGUUUUUGUUCUCCUUAAGAAAUGCUCACAUCUCAUACACUAGUAUGCUGCCUCUGGCCCAAUUCUCCUGACAUUGAUCAUGGUGUUUUCAAACUAGGUGAAUACAGCUAUUGUAAAGAAAAACAAUAACAAUAAUAUAAAAAAAUAAUAAUACACACAGGAGAAAUAAAUAGGAUUGAUGCAAUAAGGGUGUCUUGUGGUAAGUAUCUUUAUGGUACAUCAUAGUACUCCUUUUGUUCCUGUGUAUUUCUGUUGAGUAUUUAUUUUUCUUGUUUUGGACGAGAAGGCAUUUAAGUAGGGCAAAUCUCUCAUAGUGUAUGUAGUAGUAAACAAAAUGAGUUCCCUACAGUGUAGAUGACAGGCAAAAUUCUGAAUUACAUUUUAAACCACAAAGUUUUUAUAUGUUUAUAAUGCUAUUAUUUUACCCACACUUAUGGAGGUAAAUACAGACAUGAGAGACUACUUUAGCUCAAUACACCUGGUAGUAAACAUUGAGUGUUUUACUUUUGUCUUUGUGAUGAAAUAUGCUUCUCUUGAUCUCUUAUCCCAGUGGGAAAUAUUUCAAAUACGCAAUGUCAGCUUUAAAAAAAUAUUACUAGUCUAUGCUGUUAGUUUAUUAGUUUAUCCCUGAUAGGAAGUUGUGUGAAUUAGAAUGAACUACAUCUUCCCUAUUGAUUCUUAUGGAUUGAUGUUUCAGUGCAGAAUUUGUGAAACAUAGCUAAUUGUACGACAUCCAUGCACAACAUCCAUGUACGAGACCCCCUGUCCUAACCCCCCACUCAUACCCAAAAAGCACCUUGAAAUUCUGAAUGUCGUGCAAGAGCAUGUGUGUAGCUGUCUCAGCCAAUGGGAAAUCAUAUCCACUAAAAGCCUAUCCCAGCAGGUCAGUGAUGCCUUUGAGAGUCCAUUGUUGAAAGGCACCCAUGAGUGGGCAGGCCUGUGCAUCAUGUUGAGUUUUGAACAGGGAAAAAAAAACUAGCAUUGUUUACACCACUCCCCCAUCCACUAUCAUCUGCCAAAAUAAAUACAUGAAUUAGCAAAUAGAACCAGUUGGGUCAGACAUGUAGAGGACUUGAAUAUCCUUAAAAUUGUAUCUAAUUCCAAUGAAAGCCUGGUCAAAAUAACAGUGUAGAUUUUGGUGGUGUUGGCCCAGAUGAAGGUUUUAAAUUAAACCUUGGUUUACCGUUUCCUUCUUCUGUUAACUUUUCACAGUUCUCCAUUUCCAGUUCAACACGCGUAUACUUUUCUCACAUGAUCUGCUGUUUCUGUGUGUAACCUUAGACCAUGUCCUGGAAAAUAAAACUGUAUUGCAUUUAUCAUUUUGUUUUUGGUUUGUUUUAUUUUGUUUUGUUUAAAUUGCUUCUUGUUAAUACAGCACUUCAGCAUAAGACUAAAAAAAACCCUGUCUUUACCAGUAACCGUUCCAAUAACAAUAAUUGCGUGUCCUAAUGCUAAUUAGAUUCCUGUUGGGUUUUUAUAUGGUGACUUGUUUGUUUGUUUGUUAUACCGGCUUCUUUUGUGACUUAAUGAUGUCACCUAAUGGGGAAUACUACUCAAUGCUGUAGCUGUAACUGUAACUGUUGCUCAAGUGGCUUCUGCAUGAAAACAAUAAUUAGUAGGACUGACGUUUCACUGCCCUUGAAAAACUUUGAUCUUUUGGACUGUUAUGAAUUGUAUAGUGAGUGAAACUGUAACUUACCUACUGUAUUACAUGCUUGUUAUAAUAAAUGCUCUAUGACAAGCUUAUAGCAUCCACAUGGAAAUAUUUGUUAGAUUUAUAUUGUGUUAUAUUGUGAUAGCAUGUAAAUAAAAUACCUCCUCUGCAAUAAAAAUUUCUAUGAAACUCAAA